AUGAACAGGCUAUAAGAUACAGCUACUCACGGGCCCAUGCACCUGACCACGCACGACCUGUCCCCUACCUCCCUCAUUGUUCCUUCCUAUGAACAACAAAACAUUCUUCUUCAAACUUUUGAAGACCAUGCCCCAAACUUUUUUGACUCGGCUCUGAUGAUGAAUUCUCACCAAACGCAUUAAUUGAUUAAUGAUUUAAAGAGCUUCUGCAAGAGUGAGAAUCCAUCAUUGUCACAAGAUAGCUUCAUGAGCCAUUCGGGUAUCUUUAAUAUUACUUCGGGUAAGAGAAGCCCACCUGUUGUGAGGGAGGGUAAUUAAAAAGAAAGAUCAGUAUUGACAAAUUUUCCUAAAUAAGUUGCUGAUGGUUCUUAACAUAUUUAUCAAUCCACUUCUAAUAAAUAGAAUUCGUUAUCAUAUAAUAACAACAAGAGACAUAAACCAUAGAUUGCAAAAAAACUUAAUUUAUUCCACGGCUUCCACAAGUCCUCAAGUAAAGUGCCUUAACUCUAAUCACCACUAAUAAUAUAAGACUAGCAAAUUUAAAAGGAUAAGGCUAAAAUAUUAUGCUCAAAUAUAAAAUUGAAUGACCCCCGCAUUUUCAUCAAACAUUUUAAGGCUAAAAAAAACUUUUUUAAGAUCCGAUCGGGAGAGCAUCUCCGUGUAUUUGACUAUAGCCAUCAGUGUAAAUAACGUCUUACCAGAUACAAAUGUCAGAUGUCCUCCUUCACCUCUGAGAGUAUGAAUGAGUGUGUGUCUUCCAAAUUCUAUCUUAAAAAUCUCUAAACUUUGCAAUAGAAUAGCAAUCCAGAAAUCUAAAUAAACCAAUAGAAUCUUAACUUGUUAUGUCCUGAGCUCCCUUUGUCAUCUUUGCAAGAUAUAAGUCAUCACUCAGAGGAAGACAUUAACAUUAGAGAGCAGAAUUUUAAUUAAAGCUUAGACAAUCAAAAUAAUCACAGUCAGCACAACAACAACGAGAGAUCAGUUUCUUCAUCUUCUUAAAUGGCUGAGUCAAGUAACAACAGCGGAAGUAGCAGCAUCAGCAGAACCAGUAGCGAGGACAGAACAUUGUUCAGAAUUUUCACAGGUUUACACGUUUUUUCUGUAAAUACUACAUAGUAAUUAUCUACUACUGCUUCAAACUGA